CAGGGGAAGUUAAGUUUCUCUGGCAAGGAAGAAAACCUUAUCUGUUCCAUAUCACUGCUCGCCAUCGUUCAUUAUGACAGGUCAGCUGCAUGACUGUCCCACAUGUGUGACAGCAGGUAUGGACCAGAGGAGGUGGCUUUUCUUCGCUGUGGCACUGCUGACAGCCAUCCCUCUCUCAGAAAAUUUUGAGGUCACCUCUACCAAGAAUGUAAUGGGAGUUGUCGGCCAGGACACAAUCCUUCCUUGCCACAUCUCUUCCACAAAGCCACUGGAGAACAUUGAAGUGCGAUGGAAGAAAAUCACAGAUGGGUAUAUAGAGGAUAUCCACAUAUACGGGCAGUUUGGUGACAAACCAACACAGAAAUACCUUGGGCGGACAUCAGUGCCAGCAGACGGAUUUGCCACUGGCAAUGUGUCCCUAACACUGAAGAAUGUCCAGCCAGCAGAUGAAGGAACAUACAGCUGCUUCGUGAAGUCCUUGGACUGGGGUGCUGAUACGGCCACCAUGCUCAGCAUUGCAGGUACCAGUGAAGUAUUCUUUGAGAUACUGGGCCCCCAAGGGAAUGGGCUUGAGCUCGCCUGUAGAUCACAUGGAUGGUUCCCCAAACCUACUGUCCAGUGGGUUACUCAGAGUAAGCACAGACUGCCUCCGAACACUGCAAUACACCAGGACAGCAAGCAACUCUUCAGUGUGCUGAGUCGAGUCACGGUCACAAGAGAGGAAGCGGGAGAAGUCACCUGUCAAAUCCUGAACCCCCUGGUGCAGACUGAGCAGAAAACUACUGUGCACCUCUCAAGUGCUGUUUUUCCACGUGCGUCUCCAUGGCUCCCUGCCUUCUGGAUACUAUUCACUUUAUUUCUCCUCACAUUGGCUGCUGGUGCUUCUCUGGCAUUUAGAGUACUUAUUUCACUUGCUUCUUUGAACAUUACAGCAAAGCAGAGGGCUUCUAAGAAAAAAGAAGAGGCUUUGCAGGCGCACGAAACUGAGAAACGCUUGCUGCUUGCAGAAGAGAAUGACCUGAAGGUUCGAUGCGGUAAGAGACCAUUUACAGUGGAAAAUGGAAAGGGUGUUGCCAUUGUGGAAAAGAGGCAGAACUGCACUGCCCCUGGAAAUGCAGAGAUGUCGCUGAUGCUGGAGCCAGGAGUUAAUGCACUAAGCAGAGCACUAGAGUUCAGAAGAGCUCGAAGCCACAUGGUGGCCAUCACCCUGGAUGAAGCACAGAAACACUCUGAGCUUGCUGUGUCCUCUGACCGGAGAAUAGUCCAGCACAAGCCAUCUGCUCAGCAGCCCGUCAUGGGGCGCCAGCUCCCCAUCGUGGUGGGGAGGGAGGGCUUUGCCUCUGGGCGCUAUUACUGGGAGGUGCAUGUAGGAGAUGGGCUGGACUGGGAGCUGGGGGUGCUGACGGAGCCUGUGAGGGGGACACUGAAAGAGAGGAGCUGGAAGGACCUCCCUGAGGAUGGGGUCUGGUCGUUGAGAAGGGUGAACGGGGAGUACUGGCCUGAGGAUGUCAAUGCCAAGAUACUGUCAUCGCAGAAAGUCCAACUGCGAGUGGUUGGGCUGGACUUGAACUUAGAGCUGAGCACCCUCUCCUUCUACAACAUUGUGACUGAUGAUUGUAUCCUGGACAUCUCCAUCAAAGGCAUCGAAUGGUCAACAAAGCUGUACCCAUUCCUCAGGCCAGGCCUUGGUGAGGCAGGAGAGAAGGGGAAACCCCUCACCAUCAACCACAACACAGACUGGGACUUCCCGAGCACAGUCUGACCUUUGACAAUAGAGAAAACCAGACCUGAGCUGCACUAACUCUCAUGGAUUCCAUGAGAUUCAUGAGAAGGGAGAGAGCACCAGAGCAGCAGAGCUGGGCAGUGUCAGCCCUGCUUGGCUCCAUCCAAACCCUGACAGUGAGAGUCAGACAAGUGUGGACUGGGAAAUCCACCAAGACCAAGAAGGACACAUGUGCAUGGUAUUUGCAAUGCCACAUGCUCCACCCCCUCCCCAGGGGAGCCAUCAGGAACAAUCAACCUGGACCAAGGAGAUGCACUCACAGCUUCUGCAGCUACCCAUUUCCAUGGUUUCACCACUCCCGCAAGU